GGCGUGCCCGCCACCCCGCGCGACGGCGCGCCGGUGGAGAUCGUGGGCCUGCUGAAGUCCACGUUGCGCUGGGUCUCGGGGCUGCCGACCGGCGUCUUCCCGCAUGCGGGGGUGAAGACCUCGAGCGGAGCCACCUUGACGUACAAGGAAUGGGACGCCAAGUUGCAAGCUAGCUUCGAGAAUGUCUUCUGGUUGGACCUCGAUGAGAAGUGCCCGGCGACCGCCAAGGGCAUAUACAAGGACACCGACGGGGCGACGCGCCAGUGGCAGGACUACCAGCUGCGGCCGAACUUUCCCAUCGCGAUGGCGGUGGCGCCGGAGCUGUUCUCGCCGCUGAAAGCCAAGAGAGCGCUGCUGGCAGUGUCGGAGAGGCUCCUGGGCCCCCUGGGCGUGUGCACGCUGGACCCCGGAGACCCCGAGUACCGAGGGGACUACCACAACGACGACGACUCGUGCGACAAGUCCGUGGCCCACGGCUGGAACUACCACCAGGGCCCCGAGUGGGUGUGGCCGCUGGGCUACUUCCUGAAAGCCUGGCACCGCUUCGGCGAGGGCUCCGAGGAGGAGCGCGCCAGGGACAUCAUGCGGUGGCUGCUGCCGCACCGAGCCAUGCUGGAGCGGAGCCCGUGGCGCUCUCUGCCCGAGCUGACCAACUCCCGCGGGGCCGAGUGCCACCACUCCUGUCCGGCACAGGCCUGGAGCCUGGCGUGUCUGCUGGACGCGCUGCACACAGGCCCGCCGGGGGCGGCGCGGCACCGCGGCGGCGCCGUGCGGUGA